GAAGGGGGGAGGUUCGUCGGCUGGUUCCGGGAGGCCUGGCCUUACAUCCGGGGCCACCGGGGGAGCACCUUCGUCGUCGUCAUCUCCGGGGAGGUCGUCGCCGGCUCCCAUCUCGACGGCAUUCUGCAGGAUAUAUCGCUUCUACAUGGUCUUGGGAUCAAAUUUGUGCUUGUUCCUGGAACACAUGUUCAGAUUGAUAAGCUCUUGGCUGAGAGAGGAAAGAAGCCCAGUUAUGGUGGUCGUUACCGUAUUACAGAUUCUGAUUCAUUAGAUGCUGCAAUGGAGGCAGCUGGCAGAAUACGUCUUACUAUAGAAGCAAAACUGUCUCCUGGUCCCCCAAUGUUAGAUCUUCGUCGACAUGGUGUUAAUGGUCGUUGGCAUGAAAUCUCGGACAAUGUUGCAAGUGGAAACUUCCUUGGUGCUAAGAGAAGAGGAGUUGUUGGUGGCAUUGACUAUGGAUUCACCGGUGAAGUUAAGAAAAUCGACGUUUCACGGAUAAAAGAAAGACUUGAUAGAGAUAGCAUAGUUGUUGUGAGCAAUAUGGGAUACUCCAGUGCAGGAGAGGUGUUAAAUUGCAACACUUAUGAAGUUGCAACGGCAUGUGCUCUAGCUAUUGAGGCAGACAAGCUUAUCUGCGUUGUCGAUGGCCAAAUAUAUGAUGAGCAUGGCCGAGUCAAUCGUUUCAUGUCUAUCGAGGAAGCAGAUAUGCUCAUCAGAACACGCGCUAAGCAGAGUGAGACUGCUGCAAAUUAUGUCAAGGUUGUGGGCGAGGAGGAUAUAAGUUAUGCCAUUAACUUUCCUAUUAAAGAGGAGAAAGAACAAGUAUGGAACGGGAGGGACUUCAUCGGUGAUUACACUGCAUCCUUCCGCAAUGGUGUAGGUUUUAACAAUGGAAAUGGUCUGUCUGGUGAGCAAGGGUUUGCUAUUGGAGGGGAGGAGCGGCUGAGCAGAUCAAAUGGUUACCUUUCAGAGUUGGCUGCAGCAGCAUAUGUAUGCCAUGGUGGUGUCCAGAGAGUUCAUAUCAUAGAUGGCACGGUUGGAGGAUCAUUAUUGUUAGAACUAUUCACAAGAGAUGGUGCAGGAACAUUGAUAGCUAGAGAUAUGUAUGAAGGAACAAGAACUGCUAGAGAGGAAGAUUUUUCUGGUAUUAGAAAAAUCAUUCACCCCCUAGAAGAAUCUGGUGUCCUAGUGCGGCGAACAGACAAAGAGCUUUUGGAAGCAUUGAAGUCUUUUAUUGUUGUGGAAAGAGACUGUUCAAUCAUUGCAUGUGCUGCUCUAUUCCCCUUUUUUGAGGAUAAAUCUGGGGAAGUUGCUGCUAUAGCUGUAUCUGAAGAAUGUCGAGGACAAGGUCAAGGAGACAAGUUACUUGAUUAUGUUGAGAAGAAGGCAUUAUACCUUGGUCUCGAGAAAAUAUUCUUGCUUACCACGAGGACAGCAGAUUGGUUUGUCCGGCGUGGCUUCAAGGAAUGCUCAAUGGAAUCCCUCCCAGCGGAGAGGAGAAAACGGAUCAAUCUCUCGCGGGGAUCAAAAUAUUACAUGAAGCGGCUCCAGCCAGCAGAGAUUGGACAUAUGGCUGCUAAUAACUUUGCCAUGAAAUGAUUUCUGGAGGCAAAUAGUAUAGCAAUCUAGUUGCUGCAUAUGAGGUUCAAUAUCAUAGCUUCUGCAGCAGUUAUACAUCGUAGAAUCGUGUAUGGUAUAAAGUCAAGUGAAUAGUUGAUAGCCAUGAUGUUUAUAGAGUAGCAGGCCACCUCAGCGUUGGUAGAGUAGGAGUAAUAUUUUUCUGGUUCAUAGCUUUGAGGCGUCUGGUGUCUUGUGGUGCCGUACUGGGAGACAGUACAAAGAUCAGCCUCCUUUGGUCGUUACCAUGAGAAAUGGAACUGCCUUGUGUCCAAAUCUUAUUUGGAUGCUGCGUGUCAGUGA